CGCUCCGUGAUCAGUCUGAAGUGAGAUGUCGCCGGGGUUGGGUGUCGCCGGUGCGAGUCAACUUCCACACGUAGCGCGCUGUUGAGUCGUGUGCAAAGCGGAGUACGAAAAUGAUGGAGGAUCCGACGCAGGUGUUGUACACCGAGUUACCAGUGCCCCUGCUGUCCACUGCGGCCCUGCUCAGGCACCACCACCGCUACCAGCCCUACGGCAGGCUGCACCAGCCGCAACACUUUCUUCCACAUUCCGCCGUCCACGAGCUGCACGCUCUGGCCAGGACCAUCGAGGAGGAGGACGACCAACUAGACGACUAUGAUCUGGGUAAGACGCACAUUUCCUGCCUCUACCCGGAAAUACUGGCCAUCAUAUUCAGUUACCUGGAGGUAAGGGACAAGGGUCGGGUGGCACAGGUGUGCACCGCGUGGAGGGACGCAGCUUAUCUCAAGUCCGUGUGGCGCGGCGUCGAGGCCAAGCUGCACCUACGGAGGACCAACCAGUCCGUGUUCGCUUCCUUGGUGAAGCGCGGCAUCAAGAAGGUCCAGGUGCUGUCGUUGCGACGGUCCCUCCGGGAGGUGGUCCAGGGUAUUCCCAACAUUGAGUCGCUCAAUUUAAGCGGGUGUUACAGCGUGGCGGACGUCGGCAUCUCGCACGCCUUCGUCAACGAGGUGCCGUCGCUCACGCAGCUCAACCUGUCGCUGUGCAAACAAGUCACCGACAACUCGUUGGGCAGGAUCGCCCAGUAUCUAAAGAACUUGGAGGUGCUGGAGCUGGAGGGCUGCUCCAGCGUGACAAAUACUGGCCUGGUGCUAAUCGCCUGGGGCUUGAAGAAACUCAAAAGACUGAAUCUCCGCUCCUGUUGGCACAUCAGCGACCAGGGCAUCGAGCAUUUGGCCGGAGGCAACGUCAAUUUGGAGUACUUGGGCCUGCAGGACUGUCAGCGGCUCUCCGACGAGGCGCUUAAGCACGCCACCUUUCUGCCCUCGCUCAAGUCGAUCAACCUUAGUUUUUGCAUUAGUAUUACGGACAGUGGACUGAAACACUUGGCCAAAAUGACGAGUUUACGCGAUUUGAAUCUGCGUUCUUGUGAUAACAUUUCGGACAUCGGCAUGGCCUAUUUGGCCGAGGGUGGUUCGAGGAUAUCCUCGCUGGACGUGUCGUUCUGUGACAAAAUCGGUGAUCAGGCUCUCGUGCAUAUCUCCCAAGGACUGUUCAAUCUGAAAAGUUUGUCGCUGAACGCCUGUCAGAUCUCUGACGAGGGACUGUUCAAGAUCGCCAGCACCCUACUCGAUCUGGAGACCCUCAACAUUGGUCAGUGCAGUAGAGUGACGGACAAAGGUUUAACAACAGUGGCGGAAGCACUGCAAAAACUCAAGUGCAUAGACUUGUACGGCUGCACCAGGAUUACGACUGUCGGACUGGAACGGAUCAUGAAACUACCCCAGCUUAGUCUCCUCAAUCUGGGACUGUGGGUUAGGUGAAACGUAUUUAAUAUGUAGGAUUUUUUUAUGUACACACGUUUAUGAAAUUUUGUGGUUACCCCCGGACUGUUUCUAAUAAACGAGCUGCGAAUGCCUAACGGCUAAAUGAAUCUAUUAUAUUGGAACCUUUGCUUUCGGAUACGCUGCCAGUUUCGACUGAAGUUUUCCGACAUUGUUUGAAUUUACGAAAUUCCCCGCAGACUUCCAAAACGAUGCUUAUAUACAUUUGCUGCUUUAGACUGAUUUGUAUACUAAUUCUUUUUUUCUGUAAUUAAUUAAUAAUCAUGUAUGUAUGUUCAAAAGAUGUAAAUGGAAAAUGGGAUCUACUCAACAUAUGAUGUUCCAUUCACGCAAUAACCACCAAAUUUUAAAAACGUGCAAAGAGCUGUGAUAGAUAUUAAACGAAUGACGUAAGUGCGACUAAGUGAAAUUACCGAUAGGCUAAUAUAUAUUAUAUUAUAUAUUAUUCAAUUUAACCAAUGAGAAUAGAUCAUAUCGGCGAUGCAAAUUUUUUUUCUUCUCUCUUCUUGCAAAACCAACGUUUUUCAAUUCAACAAUUGGAUCUAGUUUCAUGAAUAUUAGGCAAUACGUAUUAAAAAAAAAAACUCAUUCCGGGCAUGUGUCGUCUGACGUGAUCAUUUUUUAGACAUUUAAAAAAAAAGAUCAACAGGUCAUGUGUGUUUAGGAGUUGUCGUUGUGAAAAAAUCUUUUGCUGGUCGAUUGAUUUAUUCAAGGGAAAUCACUAUAUAGGCCUAUUUCUUGGCGACCAAAGCAUCAUAUUGUUUAUGGAAAUAAAUGGUAUCGUUACGUUUGUUCUAAAUUAGAACUAUUGAGUAGAUUUAUGGCCGAUUGCAACAAAUUAUUUAAAUUUUUACGUGUCCCCCCGCCUCGCAAUUCGAACAGUGACUGUCGUCGGAUUCGUUGGGGUUGUUUUUCGGGGAUUUUUAACGAAAUUUUCAUAAUAUUGUAUAAUUUCUUGUGAUAGCGGAUAACAAUCGAUGUUGCGGACUUGGGUUUGCGAAACAGCAUCAUCAUUCAUUGAAUAUUUGUUGAAAGUUGUUUUUUUUUAAACGUUGUUUUCUGUGUAAAGAUGUUAUUCCGACGGAUUACGCUUUAAAUGUAAUAGUUUAAGUUUUGACUGACAUUAUUACGUUGAGAACUAAGAUGCAAUUCUUGUUUGCCUUAAUUUUUUAGAUACAUUUUUGUAUUAGUUUACCGGCCAUAUUUGUUAUAAAGAUCCGAUGUGUAGCAGGCAUGCUCUCGGGUCGUCUGUAAAAAUUGUACAGUGAUAAUUAUAUUGUAUAUUUGAACGUAAAAGUUAUCAAUAUUUGUUACUAUUACGUUAUGUUUUUAUAAAUUGGACAAAUUUAAAUAAAAUAAAAAUGUAAAUCAUA